CUGCAUCAAAGCAGAAACAUAAAUACCACCAGUCCACCCCUUAAUACACUACGGGUCCUUUACACUCCCCCUUUCUCUGCAAUCCCCACCUCGUCAAAGCGCCAAGAAAUACUCUAAAUCAAUGGCAGAACCUCUACUAUCUUCUUCAGUAUGGAGUUUCACAACCGGUUGGUCCACACCCACUUCUCUUUUCCUCUUUCUCAACCUUGUAAUCGGCACCAUUGCCGUCAUCUCACGUUUCAGCUCCAAUAAAAAACCACCAGAUGAAGAAAUCAGACCACUGACUAGAGCCCCUUCUCUCAUAGACCGAGUUAAGUCCAUCAACUUAUCGUCCUACAAAUACUCGCCACAGUCCCCGGAAUUCGAAACUGCAGAAACGACAAUAUAUGGUGUAUCUGAUGAUCCGCCUCGACUUGAACGAGCUCCUUCCCUUUUAGAACGUGUCAAGUCCAUCAAGUUCCCGUCUAUAUACCGGUCAGAACCAGAAACUGAAGAACACCGAGAUGCGCGUCAAGUAUCAGGUUCGGAAACGGAGCUGGAGCAUCAUGUGAUAAGGAGCAAAUCGGAGGUGGCACCGGCGGAGAGAAAGGUAGAAGCGAACGAGAAGAUGAAGAAGUCAGCGAGUGAAAGGGCUAUCGACGAGCUUCGGGAGGACGAUAGAGAGAGCGUAGAGAAGAGAAGGCCUGCAGAAACAAGGUUAGAGAAAACGGCGUCUUUUAGAGGAGGAGAUGAUGGAGUGGACGCAAAAGCUGAUGAUUUUAUCAAUAGAUUUAAGCAGCAACUAAAAUUGCAGCGGCUGGAUUCUCUUUUGCGUUAUAGAGAUCGGCUCAAAGGAAAAUAAAAGCAAAUAAUAGUAGAUAAAAUAAUAAUUAGAGAAAUAUGUAAAAAGUAAACUCUCUCUCUCUCUUUUUCUUGCUUUGGUAAAUGAUUUGUCGUGGCCAGAAUGGUUUUUCUGUUUUACACUUUCACCACCUUUCAUCAAAAGGAGAGCUUUACUGGCUGUGCAUGUGAAAUGACAAAUCUUUAGCCAUCUUUGAGCAUCCUGCAGAAGGGUAUUUUCGUCAUUUUGGACGAUGAACGGGAAUCGAACUUAAAUGUGAAGAACGCAGCAGCAGCAGGUGUGAAAUGGAGGACGAAGAGGAACAGUACAGCACUGGUGGAUGGAUCCCACAUCUGUUGUUUUAUUUCUGAUAUUUUGCCUAGUUGCUUUUGUCUUUAUUAUCAGGCUUUUGUCUUGAUUAGUGAGUCAAUUAAGGAUUUUUAAGCUCA